AAAGAUGACACAGGGAUUUACUGCACUGAACCUCAAACUGUUCCGUGUACAGAUGGAAACUCUGUGUUGUGGAUGUUAUACGGACGUUUUGACGUCAUGCUUCAUUAAAGCACACUGAAGCGGAGGUGUUUGUAUGAUGUCAGUCAACACAUCUCUUCAUGUCUCAAACACGUCUCAUCUGCCUCCAGCGGUGGAAUGGACGGCUCCCAGCUUCACUCCAGCAGCUCAGGCUCGUGUGGCCGCCACCACGCUCCUCUUCCUCUUGGCUGCCGUCAGUAACCUAGCGCUAUUGGUCAGCGUGUCGCGUAGGCGUGGCCGGCGGCUGGCGUCUCAUCUGCGUCCCCUCAUCAUGAGUCUGGCGUGUGCGGAUCUGAUGAUGACGUUUAUCGUGAUGCCGCUGGAUGUGGCGUGGAACGUGACGGUGCAGUGGUACGGCGGUGACGGACUCUGUAAGCUGCUGUGCUUCCUCAAACUGUUUGCCAUGCAAACCUCCGCCUUCAUACUGGUGGUCAUCAGUCUAGACCGCCAUCACGCCAUCCUGCGGCCGCUCGACUCGCUUAACGCCCAUCACAGGAACCGCAAGAUGUUACAGCUGGCCUGGAUCCUCAGCGCUCUGAUCGCAUCACCACAGCUGUUCAUCUUCAGAACGGUCAAAGCCCAGCACGUGGACUUCACUCAGUGCGUCACACACGGCAGCUUUCACGAGCGCUGGCACGAGACGGCGUACAACAUGUUUCAUUUUGUGACCCUGUAUGUGAUUCCGCUGCUGGUCAUGAGCUGCUGCUACACCUGCAUCCUCAUCGAGAUCAACAGACAGCUGCACAACACCAAAGAGUCCUCUCUCAGACGCAGCGGCACCGACAUGAUCCCGAAGGCUCGGAUGAAGACGCUGAAGAUGACCAUCAUCAUCGUCCUGUCGUUCGUUGUGUGCUGGACGCCGUAUUACCUGCUGGGCAUCUGGUACUGGUUCCAGCCGGAGAUGUUGAAGGUCACGCCCGAGUACGUCCAUCACCUGCUCUUCGUCUUUGGUAACCUGAACACCUGCUGCGAUCCCGUCAUCUACGGUCUUUACACGCCUUCCUUCCGCUCAGACCUCGCCCGCUGCUGCCGCUGUCGCACCGCCGCUGAAGCUCCUCUCUCUCCAGCACAGAAGGGCAAUGAACACAGAUCUGACCCGCCGGCCCCAUGAGAGGAGAAGAGAUCAAAACCAAACUACCGACUGCUGUAAUGUGACGCUACUGGACGUGUGAGGAGAAAAAUCCAGAUGUGACACAUUGAUGAAAACCAAAGUUAUUCUUUUAAAGAAUGAAGAAAGAUCAUUUUUACAUUUACAUUAUUAGGUUAGAAAAUACAAAUGAGUCUGUCAAGAUCUUCCUCAUAGAAAGACAGAUACAGCCCGGGGAAACAUGAAGAGAGCAUUCCAGAUGUUCAUGUCAUCAUCAUUUCAAGAUGUGUUGUGGUUAUUCUAGUCCAGUGUCUUUUGAAUUUCAACAAAAUCAAACCUCAGGAGUGACAACAGCCAUGUGAAAGACCCCAGACACAUGAAAAUCCAGAUUAUCACAUAAAAAAAAUCUAAACUUUU